CUGGUUUUUAAGCGCCGACGCAGCGUCUGUAUCUCGUUGGAGGGCACCCGCUCAGCUGGGAACGCAACGGCGCAUGCUCAGUUCUUCCCCGCGCUACCGGGAAACGACGAGGGCGGGCCAUGGCAGCGGCGGGCGGCGGGGUCUGGGCGCUGUGGUUGCGGGGACUGACCUGGGGCAGGGCCGCUGCCCGAUGCGCGGGGUCCGGGGCCGGCCGCGCCUCGCUGCUGCUGCUGCGGUCUGCGGCUUGCAGAAAGAAGUCAUCAAUCAGUUUCCUUAGUCGACCUGAUCGUCCAAAUCUAGCUUAUAAUAAGAUAAAAGGCAAGAACCCAGGUGUUGUCUUCCUCCCAGGCCUUAAUUCAAAUAUGAAUGGGCAGAAAGCAGUUGCACUUGAGGACUUCUGCAAAUCUCUCGGUCAUGCCUUUGUAAGAUUUGAUUAUACAGGAUGUGGAAGUUCGGAUGGUAAUCUUCAAGAGUGUACGGUUGGAAAGUGGAGGAAGGAUGUUUUGUCUGUACUGGAUGAACUCACAGAUGGACCACAGAUUCUAGUGGGAUCCAGCUUAGGUGGAUGGCUUAUGCUUCAUGCAGCAAUAGCUCGUCCAGAAAAGGUGGCUGCUUUAGUCGGAGUAGCUGUCGCUGCAGACUAUCUUGUAACAACUUUUAAACAACUUCCCCUUGAGAUGUCAGGGGGGUUACAGGAAUGGGUCAAAUACACCCCUCUUCCUCCUUCUGACUUCAACUGGUCCAAAAAGAAAUAGAAGAAAAGGGUGAAUGGAAGCUGCCAACAAAACACAACGAGGAGGGGUUUUAUUGUUUGUCAUACGAGUUCAUUAAAGAAGCAGAAAACCACUGUCUCUUGAGCAAUCCUAUUCCUAUAACCUGCCCUAUAAAACUUAUCCAUGGCAUGAAGGAUGAAGAUGUCCCAUGGCAGGUAUCCAUGCAAAUUGCAGAUCAUGUUGUCAGCACAGAUGUGGAUGUGAUCCUCCGCAAAGUUGGUCAGCACCGAAUGAGUGAGAAGGAUGACAUGAAACUUCUUGUGUACACUGUUGAUGAUUUAAUUGACAAGCUGACAACCCUAGCAUGAGUUGCAUGUUAGCACUAAUGCAUGAGCUUAACACUCAGAUCUCUUCUGUGAUUAACCAAAACCUCAUUUUUUUUUAUGGCAAUGGAACACUGCUGAAUCUGGAAGGAUGCAAAGGUCACAAAAGAAAGGAAGUGGAGCUUUAACUUCUGUCUCCUUACCUCUGUUUUGUAAAUAAAGGUGUUUUCUUAAUGCUGCAUUUGCACAAAUGGUAGAAAAUGUGAAGAAAAUGCUGCUGUUUGUUGGAAAACUUUCCCCCACCUUGAUUUCCUGUGAACUUUUUUUUUAAGUUUCCUACACUAUUUUGUACUGAAAUAUGUUUACCUUUCUUACAUUUGUGCCAAGGGUUAAUGUUUGCUACUAUUAGAACUGUACAGUACAACUUAAUUUUUAAAUUCCUUUUGACAUCCUAAAAUAUUGUGCUUUAUGCUUUAACAUUAUUCCAUUUCUGAGUUCUGAAACUUGUGUCGGAGCCUUCCCACCCCAAGUAUGUACCUGAAAUGUUCAAUUAAACUAAUGCCCCUAGAAACAGAAUGGGGGAAAAUGCAGCAUAAUAAAGCUGGCUUCAAAUAUAAAAUGGAGUUUUAGUAUUGAUAUUAAGCCAUAAAACAACUGCACAAUAUUUUCGUAUCCUUCGUGCCUGGGAUAGUGAUGAGCAAGUCUGAUUUUGAGUUGCUCAGAAUAACUAAAAACUGAAAUUUCAGUUCUACAAAUGUCUUUCUAAGCUCAUUAUGCCAGAUGAAAAGUAAUCACAUGGUCAUUGUUCUAGGGUCCUGAGGUUGAUCUCUACCAUUGUAUUCUGUAAGAGUUGUGUGUCACUUACAUUGAAAGAUGUAGAUAUGUCUGCAUCUGUGAAUAUAUUUUAUCCUAUUAAGGCAGAGUGAAGCAAGGAAGCGGGAGUUGCCCAAUAUCCCUCCCUAAUGUCCUGCAGAAACUUAAAUACACAAUUACACUUCUUUCAAAAGCAAUAUGCCCUUCUUUAUCUUGGCACAUCAGGAAAUAAUACUUAUUUUUCAACAUUUGUGGAGCUUCCUAUUUAUAGAAUAGGUUAUUUGUGUAUCAUGAAAGCCUCCUCAACCAGUCAGUUCACCCAUCUGUUUGUGAUACUUUUGACUUUUCUGCAACAACUCCGUGACUUUGUCCCAUUUACAAGUAUGGCUAACAUCUAUUCCAGGAAUGGCUUUUAUUUAGCUGUAACUACCUUUCCAUAGUAUUUACAUUUAUGGGAACACUAGAAAAGACAGCUGGAUGCAUUUGCCCUGGGUGAGGUAACCAUUUUGACCAUACUUCAGUUUAUCUGGUUUUCUCCCUUUUGAUUUCUUGUUACAUAGGGGUGGAAGGUAUCUUAGCAUGUGUGUUUAAAAAUGAAAAGGGAAGAGAGGCCAGGGCUGACUCAUUCUUGCCCUUGAAUGGAACACUUAAUUAGUAACCAGAUCAACUCAAUAGACAGCAAACCUAAGCUACAUGAUAAAUUACAAACCUGAACAAUUUACAACUGAAACCAAAAGGUGGGCAGUCAGAUGUAUCUACUGAGAAUAUAAAUUACUCAGUAGCUGGAUCAUGUGUGGAUUACAUUUCACAUGUUGCUGACCUACUGAUCCAGAAAUGAACCUUUGUCUAGGUGUAUGAAUUACAAGAUGAACAUAUCUAGAUGGGAGCCUGAAAUUGAUUACCAAACUAGAGCAAUGUUACACCUCAACCAUAAGCAAAAUCAUUUGGCGUUUACUGGUUUCAUUUAAUUCAAAUGGUAAACUCCACCAAUAUGGUAAACUGAGACACAAGCCACUACGGGGCAAGCUAUUCAGAAGAAUCUCACUUGAUUAUCGAAUCCCUUACAUUUUUAACAUGGAGGUUUUACUAUUACUUCAGCAGGGAUAUAGGGACUUCUGAAUGUUUUCCUGUGAAGUGGGGUUUGUGUGUGUUGUUCUCAGCAGUAUACAAAAUAAUACAAGCCUUAUAGAUUUCAAAAUUGAACAGGAGAGAUGAAAUAAAGACUGCUUUAAA